GACGAGAAAAGGGCUGAAAAUGCUAUGAAUGAUAUAAAGCGGCGAAACUCAAAGGCGGACAUAAUAUGCCAUAAACUGGACUUAUCUUCACUACAAUCUGUGCGACAAUUCUGUGAACAAGUCGUGCGAAAUGAGACCAAAAUCGAUGUACUCAUCAAUAACGCCGGCAUUGCUUUCACACCUGAAUGGCAAACAAUGGAUGGAUUUGAGAUGGGCUUCGGUACCAAUCACCUUGGUCACUACCUCCUAACCUUAUUAUUACUACCACUGCUACGAAACUCGCCGAAAGCACGGGUAGUAAACGUGUCAUCCAUUGCCCAUAUAAUCGGAAGCAUUCACUUCGAGAAUAUAAACCUACGUAACGGUGCCUAUGAUCCCCAAAAGGCAUACGCCCAAAGUAAGCUGGCUAACAUAUUAUUCACCAGGGAACUAGCUAAACGUUUAGGGCCCGACACAAAUAUCAAUGUCUAUGCCGUACACCCCGGCGCUGUUCGUACUGAAGCGGCUCGUAAUAUGGGGGCUGUCAAGAGGUUUAUGAUACAUAUUAUGAUGAAAAUCAUUGCUAUUAAUGUGGAUAAGGGCUGUCAGACUACCCUGUAUUGUGCUGUGGAUGAGUCGUUGGACAGGGAGUCGGGAUGUUAUUAUGACAAUUGCUUACGAGUGGACGACAUGUUUGCGAACGCGACGGACGAUAGGAGUGCCCAACAGUUGUGGGAAUUAAGCGCCGAUUGGGUUAAACUCGAGCACCGGUACCGACUAUAG